AUGGCUUCUCGGUUCUUUCCAUCGCGCCGAACGGGUCUUGCUAUCUUUGCAGGAUGUGUCUUGUUCUCGGCCUUGGCUGCAGCUAAUGCUGGUCCCGGAGAUCUCUCCGUGAGCCAGAUUGAAGACCAAUUGCAGAGCUGCCCGUUAGUUGAAUCACUCAACGAACACAAGCGUGCCACCCGCCCGGAAACUACCAGCCUGACCUCGAAGAUCUUCGCUGUUCUCUUCCCCAGCAGUCCUGCCAUCAAUGCGCUUUUGGCAACCUUGUAUAUCUCUGGCCCUCCUAACUUCCUGCUGGCACUAUGCCCACCCAACAUCGACCCCUCCUCUCUGUCCGUCAUGGUCGCUUUCGCCGUCGGCGGCCUGCUUGGUGACACCCUCUUUCACCUUUUGCCAGAGAUCUUUGUCGGUGAGGCCUCCCCCGAUCAUGUCAGCUUUGUCAUGGUUGAGCCGAACAAGAACCUCCUACUCGGCCUCGGCAUUAUGGUCGGUUUCUUCACUUUCGUAGCAAUGGACAAGACCCUGCGCAUUGCAACAGGCGGCGAAGCUCACGACCAUGCUCACGGCCACACUCACGCUGAGGUAUCUGCCGCAACUACCACAAGCGCCGAUUCCAAGAGCAAGUCCAAUGGGGAGCUGAAGCAGCGCAAGUCGACUGCCAAGGAUUCUACUCCCUCGUCUGAUGCCACCUCAGAGAAAGAGAUCAACCCUAGCGUCAAGCUCGGUGGAUACUUGAAUCUCAUUGCUGAUUUCACUCACAACAUCACCGACGGUCUUGCCCUCUCGUCCUCAUUCUAUGCCUCGCCAACGAUCGGCGCAACCACCACAGUGGCCGUUUUCUUCCACGAAAUUCCCCACGAAGUUGGUGACUUUGCCCUGCUUAUACAGUCCGGUUUCUCCAAGCGCAAGGCCAUGGGUGCCCAGUUUGUCACUGCUAUUGGAGCCUUCUUGGGAACCAUUAUCGGAAUUGCCGUGCAGGAAUUCGGUGGCAACGGAACCAUCUUGGAUGAUGGCUCUGCCGUUGGACUCAUGGGAACUAGUCUUACCUGGGGUGACAUGCUUCUUCCUUUCACUGCUGGUACUUUCCUGUACGUCGGCACUGUGGCUGUCAUUCCUGAGUUGCUUGAGACCGGCAAGGACAAGGGUGUUGAAGUGCGGAAGACUAUCACCCAAUUUUUGGCUGUUGCUUUGGGUGCGGGUAUCAUGCUUGCCAUUUCUUGGGAUUAA